AUGGCUGCGGCAAUUUUACCAAUGCUACUGGCAUUGGGCAACCAAUCGGCUCCGGAUGUGGCUGCGGAGGUUUUUAAAGAUUUUAGUGCUCAGUAUAUGUACGGAGAUAGCGCAUCUAGGAUACCGGAUACGAUUAACUUCCGCUAUGAGUACGAUUUUAUUGUAGUGGGUGCCGGAAGUGGAGGAUGCGUGAUGGCGAAUCGUUUGAGUGAGAAUCCCGGUUGGAAUGUUCUGUUGUUGGAAGCCGGUGUUGAGGAAAAUUUGCUGCUUAGUGUCCCUAUGAUGGCGGCUUAUAACACAAAGACUGACUACGAUUGGAAGUACGUUUUUGAACCAUCGCCAUUGGCCUGUGGAGCUUCUCCGGGUGGAGUUUGUUCCCUUCCAAGGGGUCGAGGUUUAGGUGGAAGCAGCUUACUGAAUUAUAUGGUCUAUACUAGAGGUCAUUAUCGCGAUUACGACGAAUGGGCUGAAGCUGGUAAUUAUGGCUGGAGUUACGAAGACGUUAAUCAAUACUUCGAGAAGGGUGAAGAAAGUUACAUCAAUCCUUACCUUAAUCCGUUUGAAACACCUCUGCUGAGCGGUUUUAGACAGAACAUUCUCGAUUCCGGAUACGGUGAACUACAGUUUCAAUUGAAUCAAACGCUUUUCAAACAAUCGACUGAUGAAGCCUUCUCCAACUACAUCAACGAUGUAACUGGUCCAUUCACGGUUCCUUUUGGUGUAGAAUCGAUUGCCUUUCUCAAAAUAGAGAACUCGCAGCUGCCCUACGACUACCCAGAUUUCGAAGCUAUACUAUCCAGUACCAUGCUCCGUAAAUCAUCCUCGGCAGCUUUUCGGCUGCUGGGAUUAGAUCAAGCCUUAGAAGAUAUCGAUGCACUGAACAACGAUGAUCACACCUCUUUGGACAUUAUUGUGAUGUUAACACGACCAAAUAGUCGAGGUCAUAUUAUCCUCAAAAGUCGCGACCCCCUCGAGCACCCAAAAAUAAUACCCAACUUCCUAUCUCACCCGGACGAUGUUCCUUAUGCCAGAGAAUCCCUUAAAAAAGCAAUCCUCCUAGGAGAGUCUGGUACACUGGCAAACUGGGGAUCAAAACUCAAAGAAAACUUUGCUCCUGGUUGCGAGAAUUUUUCGAUCGAUAAUGAUGACUUCUGGGAUUGCUUCAUAAAAAAUUACCUGGUGUCAUCGUAUCAUGUUGCGGGAACCUGCAAAAUGGGACCGGAUGGAGAUCCAACGGCCGUGGUCAAUCCGGAGCUGCAGGUUCAUGGUAUCGCAGGGCUCCGGGUGGUGGAUGCUUCCGUUAUGCCGAAACCAAUGGCAGGUCAUCCCAAUGCUGUCGUUUUUAUGAUCGGAGAGAAGGCUGCCGAUAUGGUUAAGCGAAAAUGGAGCGAUAGCGUUCACACCAACAAUAUAAGAUGCUGA